AGAGUUUGUGACGUUUUCAAAACCCACGUGUAUUAAUCUUCAUCAAUCUUAGCCACAUCUUCCUCAUUAAUAAUCCCAAGUCCUAGGUGGAAACAAGAAGCAUCAUCCAAACACAUGGAAGAAGCUCAAACACUAACGUUCACACUAAUCUUCGUCGUUCUUACUCUCAUCUUCUUCAUUGUAACAAACAGAACCAAGAAGCGAAAGCCGAAACUUCCUCCGAGUCCACCUUUCGCGCUUCCAGUCAUCGGCCACCUCCGCUUACUCAAGCCACCGCUCCACCGCGUUUUCUAUUCCAUCUCUCAAUCUCUAGGCGGUGCCCCCAUCUUCUCACUCCGUCUCGGCAGCCGACUAGUGUUCGUUGUCUCUUCACACUCAAUCGCAGAGGAAUGUUUCACGAAGAACGACGUGGUACUCGCGAACCGACCAAACACAAUCGCUUCCAAAUACGUCUCAUACGACCACACAACCAUGGUCACAGCUCCGUAUGGGGAACACUGGAGAAACCUCCGCCGCAUAGGCGCCGUGGAGAUAUUCUCGGCUCACCGGCUUAAUAAGUUUCUGUCUAUACGCCAGGACGAGGUCCGUCGGCUUAUAGUUCGUCUCUCACGGAACUCUUCAUACGAGUUUGCCAAGGUGGAGAUCAACUCAAUGUUCUCUGACUUAACAUUCAACAACAUCAUCCGUAUGGUAGCCGGAAAACGUUACUACGGAGAUGUUUCAGAGGAAAACUCUGAGGCUAAACUCGUACGGCAGCUUAUCGCGGACCUGAUGAGUAUUUUUGGUGCGGGAAAUGCGGCUGACUAUGUACCUAUCCUGCGUUGGGUCACGGGUUUCGAGAAACGGGUUAAAGAGCUCGGUGGUAGGUUUGAUGAGUUCUUGCAAGGAUUGGUUGAUGAAAGGCGAGCAGCGAAGGAGAAAGGGAACACCAUGAUCGAUCACUUGCUUUCUCUGCAAGAAACACAACCUGGGUACUACACGGACCGUACCAUCAAAGGAACCAUACUCUCUUUGAUACUGGCGGGGACUGAUACAUCAGCGGUAACAUUGGAAUGGGCAUUGUCGAGCUUAUUAAACCAUCCAGAGAAAUUAAGAAAGGCGAGAGAAGAAAUCGAUUGUAAAAUUGGUUUAGACAGGCUUGUGGAGGAAUCAGACAUCUCAAACCUUCCCUGUCUUCAGAACAUUGUGUCUGAAACAUUACGUCUAUACCCUGCGGGACCUUUGAUGGUGCCUCACGUCGCAUCGGAAGACUGUAAAGUAGGAGGGUAUGAUAUGCCACAAGGCACAACAUUAUUGGUGAAUCUGUGGGCUAUGCACAGAGAUCCUCAGCUAUGGGAUGAUCCCGAGACUUUCAAGCCAGAGAGGUUCGAGAAAGAAGGGGAGGCUCAUAAGCUAAUGACGUUCGGGUUAGGAAGAAGGGCGUGUCCUGGAUCAGGACUAGCGCAACGGCUGGUGAGCUUGACUCUGGCGUCAUUAAUUCAAUGUUUUGAAUGGGAGAGGAUUGGAGAAGAAGAGGUGGAUAUGACUGAAGCUGGAGGUGCCACAAUGCCUAAAGCUAGACCUCUGGUAGCCAUGUGUACAGCACGUACGACCUUGGUUGGUAAAAUCCUCCACGAGUCCGCUUGACUUUACCUUUUUUAAAGUAGUAUAUGUUUGAUGGACAUAUCAUCCCUAAUUUUUUUUUUUGAAAAAAAAAAUCGUUCACAAACUUUAUUGUUGUUGUGAAUUUAUGCAAUUAAUACUUUAUAUCUGGAAUGCUUUUUUUAUGAAUGAAUUAUGUGAAAUUAGUCAUU